AGCUCUCCGUGCCCGCCGUGCCCACGCAGGACGGUGACAGCUAUGGGGUGCUGCCCCGGCCCUGCCGUGCACUGGUGCUGCUGAACCCGCAGAGCGGCACCGGCCGCGCGCUCGAGGACUUCCAGGCGGUGGUGCAGCCCAUGCUGGCCGAGGCUGACAUUGCCACCACUGUCUUCAUCACUGAGAGACCCCACCAUGCACAUGAGAAGGUGCGGGACGAGGACCUGUCGCAGUGGGACACAUUGGUGGUCAUGGCCGGGGACGGGCUGCUCUAUGAGGUGGUGAACGGACUCAUGGAGCGGCCGGACUGGGAGGAGACCAUGAAGAAGCCGCUGUGCAUCCUGCCGGGGGGCUCCGGGAAUGCCCUGGCCGCCUCCAUCAACCACUACGCAGGCAACGAUCACGUCGCCAAGAAGAAGCUGCUGACAAACUGCACCUUCAUCCUGUGCAAGGGGCUGCACACACAGAUGGACCUGGUCUCACUGAGCACUGCCUCGGGCAAGCGCCUCUUCUCCUUCCUCGGCUUCGGCUGGGGUUUCAUCUCAGAUGUGGACAUCGACAGCGAGAAGUACCGAUGGCUGGGCAAUGCCCGCUUCACCCUGGGCACACUCCAGUGCCUGGCCAAGCUGCGGGUGUACCAGGGCCGCCUCUCCUACCUGCCCGCUGUCCCCGAGCAGGGCAGCCUCCCGGCACUCAGGGACCCCCACGCGCCUGUCACCAACGGCCAGGCUGGCCGCAUCCUGCCACCGGCGGGGACGGAAGCGCCUGGGGCUCUGCCCACCGACUCGCUGCUGGUGCCGCUGUGCCAGCCGGUGCCGGCGCACUGGACGGUGGUCCCUGAGGAGGAGUUUGUCUCCGUCUAUGCCAUCUACCAGUCCCACCUGGGCACCAACCUGCUGAUGGCACCGGCGGCCCAGCUGCACGAUGGUUGCAUCCACCUCUUCUACCUGAAGGCCGGCAUCAGCCGCGUGGCGCUGCUGAAGAUCUUCCUGGCCAUGGCCAGGGGGACCCACCUGGACUUGAACUGUCCCCACCUGCGCUACGUCCCCGUCCGGGCUUUCCGCCUGGAGCCACGGGCGGCCACGGGCAUCAUGACGGUGGACGGCGAGGUGCUGGCCUGCGAGCCCGUGCAGGGCCAGAUCCACAGCCGCCUCUGCCGCGUCCUCAGCGGCUCCUGAGCUGCCAGGCUCCCCCUGCACCCUGCAGCGCUGAGCUGCCGGCACGGCCCAGCACAAGGGCGGCAGAGCCUUCCUCCCACUCAGGAACCUCCUCCUCCUUCCAUAGCAAUAGCUCUCAGGGGCCGUGGGUGCUCAUCCCCUCGCUUGCCCCCAUGCUUAGCUUUAUCCCCUUCGGACAGCCACCAGCGCUGUCGCAAAAAUGAGCCACGAGCCCUAUCAGGUACUUGGUGCUGGCGAGAUGCCAGCAUGUUUUAUCCCGGUACAAGGUCCUGGCCACGGGCGGCUGCGCCGGCACAGCCCCAUCCCCUCCUCAGCUCAAAUGCACACGGUGACAUUGCUCGCACCCCUGCUGCAGAGCCAGUGCCAACCCCCAGGGAUGGUCGGGACCAAUAUAUCCAGUACAACAAAUUGACUUUUUUAAGAAUGUUUCUACCCAAAGCUUCCUGUAGAAGCAGAGUUUAUUCUUGUGAGAAAUGCA